UUUCUUAGGUUUCUGAUACAAGUUUUUGGUAGCUUCCUCCCCUUUCUACUUGGGAUUCUUAUCUGUAUAAUUUGAUUUGUUCCAAGCACUGCGGAUGGGCAGGAUUUUUCGAAAAUACUGUAGAAAUCAUGGGCAAAAUCCCCCGAUCCGACCUUUUAUAGAACCACCUCAAUCCAACUACACGUGUGUGCACUUUGCUGGAGUUUUUCUUAAAAGUUCGGUUUAGGAGGAGAACCACACUUAGGUUGGAAUCUAUAUUGGUGACUUUACUUCGCAAAACGAUUACAUUGUUGAUGGUGGAUGGAGAGUAAGACAUGCUCUCUCGACUGAUAUUAUGCUUUUGAAGCAUUCUGAUUUUGUGCCAUGAUUCUGACUGUCUCUGACAAGUGACAACAGGGAUGGCAACCGGUAGCGAAGCUGGAAAGCCCGCGGAGGUCGUGCUGGAGUGGCCUAAGCAGGACAAAAAGAGGAUGCUGCAUGCUGUUUACCGUGUGGGAGAUCUGGACCGUACCAUUAAGUGUUACACAGAAUGCUUUGGGAUGAAGCUGUUGAGGAAAAGAGAUGUUCCUGAAGAGAAGUACACCAAUGCGUUUCUUGGGUUUGGACCUGAGGACACUAAUUUUGCACUUGAGCUGACUUACAAUUAUGGUGUUGACAAGUAUGACAUUGGAGCGGGCUUUGGACAUUUUGCCAUCGCAAAUGAGGAUGUGUACAAGCUGGCUGAGACAAUUAAAUCAUCUUCUUGUUGUAAGAUCACUCGUGAACCUGGUCCUGUCAAGGGAGGGUCCACUGUGAUUGCCUUUGCACAAGACCCAGAUGGUUACAUGUUCGAGCUUAUCCAGAGGGGUCCGACGCCUGAGCCUCUCUGUCAAGUUAUGCUUCGUGUUGGUGACCUUGAUCGGUCUAUCAUGUUCUACGAGAAGGCCCUUGGGAUGAAGCUUCUGAGGAAAAAAGAUGUGCCUCAGUACAAGUACACAAUUGCCAUGAUGGGCUAUGCCGAGGAGGAUAAGACCACUGUUCUGGAGUUGACAUACAACUAUGGUGUCACAGAAUAUAACAAGGGCAAUGCAUAUGCUCAGGUUGCUAUUGGCACUGACGAUGUGUACAAGAGUGCUGAAGCAGUUGAGCUGGUUACCAAAGAACUAGGUGGAAAGAUUCUACGGCAGCCUGGGCCACUACCGGGGCUGAACACGAAGAUCACCUCUUUCCUUGACCCCGAUGGCUGGAAAGUGGUUCUGGUGGAUCAUGCGGACUUCCUCAAGGAACUCCACUAAAGAUCAGCAGGCCCCACGCCCGGGAGUUGUUGAAGAGGCAAACCUUAUGCAGCAAUGGUCUUUGAUGUAAUAAAAUGGCAGCCUCUUCCGCUCGACCAACAAAAAUAAAAGCUACUGUACCACCGAAUACCUAUGCCGUGAUUGGCCUAGUUAGAGGACUUGCUCUGUACAGUAUGUGCUAUGAUCGCUGAACAUGAAUACUCCUACUACUGAGAUGGGUCUGCAUGCGCAGUCGGAGAGUGGUUUCCAAUGA